AGAAAGUUGGUCAAAGCGGACAUUUCGGCGAGCAGAGGAAGUGUCCUUUUUCGACCAUGGAGCGGCAGUCGACGCCGCAUGAUAGCGAAGGUCAGCCUGGCAGUGCAUCGGCCGACGGAGCGGCCAGACAGGGGAUGGAUGUCAUUGCGAGGCCGCGGCAUCCCGUCAUGGAAUCGUUUGAUGAUGAUAUGGACGACGGCACAGACGAAGAGGAGGAUGAUGGUCCUUUGGAGGGCGGCUUCUUCACGUUGCCAGAGCCGGCCGUUCGUGCGGCCAUUCCGCCCAUGGAGAUUGCCCUGCAUGUCGAUCUCGCCCCGGCAGUGGAGCUGCCCGAGGACGACCCCAUGAUGCAGGCCACCAUCGAGCAACACGACCACGUCGAAGAACCCCGAGCGACGGUAUGUACGUUCACAUCACUUGAACAAAUAAGCUGGGGCCGAUCAAUUGAUACAGAGAGCCGGGCAUGCAUGCAUCCAUUCGCCUUGUAUAUUAUUGUGUGCCUGGGUGCUCUUGUCUCACUCUGUCAGCUUGUAUGGGUUAGUGCCCAAGGCAGAUUUGCUCUGCCGCAUCGAAGGCAGCGUGCGACCGCAGACGGCCGUCAGGUGCGUGCGCACACGUGCGCAAGAAACCAUACAGACAGCAGCUGCGUCUCAUUCAGUACUCAGUGCAUCAUUUAAACGUCUCUCUCUGUCUGUCUGGCUCUCUUUAGGCAUUACAAGCGGCUGGGUCUGCCCCUCCCCCAGGACGAGCAGGAGCAACUCGACUUGUUCACCUGUGACCCUCACCAGGACAUCUGGCAAGACUUCUCGCCUCAGCUGGAUCGAAUUCGAUACAUAUUCGGUACGCACGCAAGGUCAAGCCCACAAAACGCUACGGACAAGUCGUUUUCAAUGGUCGCCUGGCUGCUCUUUCAUUCCUCCAUUUGAUUCACUUGUGCAGACACGCUGGAGGUGGUUGAGGAGGUCACUGCCGAGGCCGUUGAAGAUCGCUUCAAAGACCGAGUGGUGGUCCUGGAGAUCCGCUUCUGGCCGGACUUCUUCACCAAGACAUACGGCCACCAGCUCGAGGGCGUGCUGCAGGCGAUGGAGAGGGGAGUGGAGAGGGGACGAGCACGGUGCAACCAUGACAUAGAGGUACACACACAUCAUUUGAUUGCACUUGCUUGACACACAUCCACACAGGCACCCGUGUCUUUCCUCUCUCUCUCUGCCGUCUGUCUGUCUGUCUCUGUGUGUGUGUGUGUGUGUGUGUGUGUGUCUGUAUGUGUGUGUCUGCAGGUGGGUUUGAUUUGCUGCGCAUCAUAUAUAUAUAUAUAUGCAAGGAGGACUUCAUGAAGGUUGUGGGCUUCGCCGUCGCUCACAAGGAGCAGCUCGUGGGCGUGGAGAUCCCCGCUUACAGCUCACUUCUCUCGCAGCCCCUCAAGGUGAGUGAGGCGAAGGAAUGGAAGGAAGGGGGAGAACACACAAUACAUAACCAUCAACACACACAUGGUUGUCUGUCUGUCUGUCUGUCUGUGCAGGAUUGUGUUGAGACCAUCCACGAGGCUGGCCUGGGCAUUACCAUGCCCGUCUCUGACAUUCCCAGCAUCUCACCGCCCAUCCCUGACGUGGCGGCCCUCGUUGAGCAGAUCCGCCCCCGCCGCAUCGCCGCCAAUCUGGCAGCCGACCACCCGGCCGCCCUGCAGCUCAUCAAAGCGGGCAACAUCGGGGUGGAGCUCAAGGCGGAGAGCCUGCUGGACUUGUCGCGUGCGCGUCAGCUCAAUGAUGGUGAUUAUGACCUGUACAUUUCCAUCAACAGCGACCUGCCGGCCCUCUUCAACUCAAGGCUCCCUGAGCGGUACCAGGCCAUGCAAGACCUCCUCGAGGAGACAGCAUUCACCAGGACUGAGCUCAUAUAUAUGAGCUGCCACGAAAUCAGGACGUCGUUGCUGCCGGACGACGUCACGUGGGCUGUGCUGGAGAAGUUCUUCUUCGUGCUGGAUGACGGCCAGGGGGGAGAGGGUGGCGACGAGGAGGGAGAUCAAGGGGGAGGGGGAGGGGGUGGCAAUGAUGUCGGCGGCAACGACGACGACGAGGCUCAUGACGAUGAUGGUCAUGGGGGCGGUUUUCCUGGGCCGCACCCCGAUGAAGCGCGGCCGCUUAGCCCGCCGCGACGUUCCCCAUCUCACGGCGGCCAAAAGAGGAGCCCACGUGGCAGCCGCAGCCCCUCGCCGCCCCGCAGCAAUCGGCCGGCAGCAGGAGAGCCCACCGCGCGUCUGCCUGAGUCGCCCAUCAAUGACUUUGACGCUGACCUCGACAUGGAGCUCGAGGACCAAACCCCAUCGCCCCGCAAGCAGCCCCGGAGCCGCCUGGAUGACGACGAGACGCGGCCGCCUGGGCAGGCGGUCAGUGGACGGCUGCGCGAUGAGGGAGAGGGAGAGGGAUGGGAGCAGGACGACCCCUUCAAGACUCCGCCUCGUCGUGUGCCGUCCAUCACGCCGCCCGAGCAGUCGCCGGCCGUCUCCGAUGACGAGGAGGACGAGAGCGACGAGGAGGACGAGGGUGAUGAGAGCGACGGGGGCGAUGACAGCGAGGAGGGCGGGGUGAAGGUCAUGCCGUGUGUGGCGGUAAUGUAUGGGUGUGUGGCUGCCGAGCUGCUGCGGGCCGCCCAGCGAGUGUUGUGCUGCUUGGCCACUGACAUCAUCCGCACUUCCAAGGCCAUCGAGCGCGCCGUUAUCGUCAAGGCGACUGAGGUGAUGCUCCUUCGCCACGCCCGUGAGUGGGUCAGACGGCAGUGUCUCGUGCGCUUGAUGGCCUCGUCGGCGAUGCUCUUGGCCGUCCAGGAUGGCGUCAACACGUCGAAAUCUGGCGGGGGGAGUGAUGAAACCGGUGCAGCUGCCGGCGGCGAGGAGGAGUCGGUGGUGCAGCCGGACGCCCUCAGUGUGUCUCCGGGCCAGAGGGGCGAGAAGAGGGGAAGGGAGAGUACGGCGCCAAGUGUCUCGUUGCGGCCGGCCAAGCGAGUCCGCCACAGCCGCCACGGCACGAAGAGGAAGAGAGCGAGUGGGCAGAAGAUCGCAGGGGAACCACAGGCGAAGAGACGCCGCCUGUCCGGUACGCACACAGACACAGACAGACACAGAGACACAGAGACACAGAGACAGCGGGGAGACCUCAUGGCUGACGGGUGUUUUGACGGACGAUGGGGUCGUGUGUGUUUUGGUCGGUGCAGAGUUUUCGAUCCCCGGGCCGUCGAUGGGCCGGAUGGCUGAGGGGGCCAUCCAGGGGACGAAGAGGAAGAGGCAGACCGGUAACCAGCACCACCACCAGGAGCAGCACCAGGGGCAGCAGGAGCUCCACCAGCAUCAAGACCAAGGAAACCAGCAGCCCCAACAACAGACCCUUACCACAGAUACCACAGGCAAGAAGCGCAGACGCGGCACGCGGCUCAAGGCCGAGGCCGAGGCCGCUGCUCUCGCUGCCGAGGCCGAGGCAUAUAUCGCCCGCCGCACCAACAAGCGACAGCAGCAGCAGCAGCAGGAGGAGGACGACGAGGAGGGAGGAGGGGAGGGGAAGGGCGAGAGCGGAGGGAACGGUGGGGCCGCCACCCGGGGAUACAAUUUCCGGAAGCGACGUCGCUGCUGAGUGAUCCACUCACUCACUCACUCACUCACUUUUGACUCGGCUGACUUCGGAUGGGCGACAUUCGUUCGUUGCAUGUGUUUGAGAGGGCAAGUUGACUUACUUCGGGGCGCAUUGCAUUGAUGCGCCGAUUGCGAUAUGUAUGGGCAGGGAGGAGGGGAGAGGGAGAGAGGUAUGUAUUCGUGGUCCCCUCUGUGUGUGUGUGUGUGUGUGCGUGGCUCUAUCUCUUCCAGACAUAUAUACGAACUCACUAAGUAACUGACGUGCUGUUUAUUGUAGUUUGCAUUCCGUGUGAUUGACCUGCAUACUCACUCUUGUGUGUCCCUCCUUGUGUGCGAAUGUGUGUGGUGGGUGCGUCAGUUGGGAGUGAGUGCUGUCUUUGUGUGUGUGUGUGUGUGUGUCCAGCUGGGGCGGGGAGCGGCUCUUUUCGCCCCGAUGAGGCCGCGAGGACAUCGUGGGUGAUGUCAUGGCCGAGAGGGGCAAGGGGGCAGGGACACUUGCUGACUUUCUUCUUGCGUGUGCGUGCUGCAUCGAUGGAUGGAUGGAUGGCUGGAUGGCUUCGUCUGUGGGGUGUGUGUCGCGGCAGAAGAUGAUAGAGACGCGACACACACAGGGACACUUGCUGACUUUCUUCUUGCGUGUGUGUGCUGCAUCGAUGGAUGGAUGGAUGGCUGGAUGGCUUGGUCUGUGGGGUGUGUGUCGCGGCAGAAGAUGAUAGAGACGCGACACACACAGGGACACUUGCUGACUUUCUUCUUGCGUGUGCGUGCUGCAUCGAUGGAUGGAUGGAUGGCUGGAUGGCUUGGUCUGUGGGGUGUGUGUCGCGGCAGAAGAUGAUAGAGACGCGACACACACAGGGACACUUGCUGACUUUCUGCCGCGUGUCUGGGACUGAAGUUUGCC